AUGCCUUCCGUAUGGAAGUUGCAAGCUCUUUUGGAAGGUGCAUGGACCCUCGGCUUUGAUCCAUUAGGUGCAUCCCAAUUAGCCUCGGUUCUGGGCUCCGAUAGUUUUCGUGCCUCUCCAUCCGAUGAUGCAGAGGUGGUUUUAGACAGUCGAAAUUUGGUUGGACUGGUCGAUAGCACUGCGUGGUUGGGUGUUUCGGAUUUGGUGAGCCUUUUCGGAUCAAUCGGUGUACGAUGCUCAUUGCUGGAGUGUCGAGCACCGUCAGGACCCAACAGCACUCAUCCCAGGCUUCUGGAACACGUCUAUUCGUACAUCCUAAGUGGUCGUGUGAGCAGCACUUCGCUUGAGACCUUCUCCGUACCCAUGAUACUGCAACACGAGGGUCACAGUCGUGUUGUGAUAGGUGUUGAAUUGGACAGCUAUGAUGAACCCACCGCAUUGAUCGUUCUGGAUCCAAAUACUCCAGUGGAAGCGAUGCGUCUACUCACCAAAGCUGCCGAGUGUUCCCAAUCUCCGGACCCAGAUGCAGCUUUAUCCCGUCUGUCUCAUUCGCAGUACAAUUGGGCAGAGGUGUUAGGCAGUUUGCGUGUCGAUGUCAGUCGACUUACCCAUCCACAGUAUCAGCUAUUACAAGUCAAUGGUCUCAUUGAAACCGAACAGGAUUUACAAGUACUGUCACUUCUGUAG